GUCAGAAAGGGGGCGGUGACAUUUCGAUCAAUCGCAUAUUGUUGGGAGACUGUGUGUUCGUAAUGUCAGGGUGAUUGUCAAUUUAAGAAGAUAAAUACAAUCAUUGAAUAAAAGUGUUAUUCAUUUUAAAAAAAAAAAUAAAAACGACGUAUAACGAAUAUUGCGAGUUUUCUGCUCGUUUCAAUUGAAAGGAUCAAUAUUUUAGUGAAAAGAAAUUAAUGUAAUUUAUUUUCUUUCUGAAUAUUAUAACAAACAAAUCAAGAUGACAGUUAUUACGAAGGCAAUCAGCGAAAAGAAGCCUGCAGAUAAUUUGGAGCAGCCAUUAGUUGUCGUGGAAGUACCAACGCAAGCAACUCCUAAAAAUGAUCCGGAAGCUCAACGUCCAAAGAAAGAUAUGGCUGGACAUUAUUUAAUUUUACAACAACAUGCCCUUCGUCCUAAUGCAAUGACAACAUUAUGUCUUUUUAUCACGGCAAUUCUUGUGAUGAGCAUUGGAAUUAUUGGCGGUAUUUACAUUUAUAGACAAUAUGGAAGGGCACAAAUGCAUAGACUUCGCACCGGUUGGUACAGCAUUCCCUAUGAUGGAUCAAAUAAAAUUCAAUAUGCACGUGAUCAAAUUCAUCAGGGAUUACUUGCCGAUUCUGAUUUAUUUAAAAGUCUUUCGCGUGCAACCGAACAAGAGACGAUGGAUUUGGAAAAAUCAUUGCAUAAUAUUAAAAGUUUUUUUAAAGAACGUUUUGAAAUGGAUAUUGAAAAUGAAAAUUAUGAAAUUGACGUUCCCGAUUUUAGUGAGGGACGACAGGGAAGAUUUAUUCAUGAUUUUAACAUUAAUAAAACUGGAAUAAUCGAUAUUGAUGGUAGUCGUUGCUUUGUAAUGCCAUUAAAUCGUCAAUUGGUAUUGCCACCUCGUAAUAUGUACGAUCUUCUCAGCAAAAUGUAUAACGGAUAUUACGAGGUUGACACACAAAUUGUUCGUGAAACAAUGAGGGUUCAAACUCCUCCAAUUACUGAUCUUUCCACAAUUGGCACAUACAUUGGUCGCGAGUGCCAAAAUUUACCAACAUUUAUGCUCGAGAAAGUCGAUUCUAAUGGAAUUUCAAAGCGCAGCAUAUUAGAGGGACAAUUGUUCCGUCAAUUCGCAGGAAAGAACAUUGUGGAAUUUAGUAUCGUGAACUAAAAAAAAAGAGAAGAGAAGUCGCGAAAGUAAAAUCAAUUCUUUAAAUAUUAUAGUAGAUUAGUUAUAAAAAAAAAAAAAAAAAAAAUACAUAUAAAAUAUAGGAUUUUGCUGUUCCACGAUGUUCGGAAAUUGCAUCACAAUUGUGUGAUAUUUAUGGGUAUUACAUUUUAGAUUAAAUUCAAUAUCUUCUACCUAUAUACAAUUUUACAUAUAUAAUAUAUAUUUUGAUCUGAAAAAAAAGCAGAGAUUUUUAGAUGUUAUAAGUAUUGAUCAUCAACGAUCUCUUUUUUUUUUUUUUUUUUUUGGUAAUAUUUAUAAUUUGAAUUUUUUUUUCUAUCCUUGAAGGAGAAAAUAUUCUAUUGACUGUAUAAGUAAUAAUAUUUUUUAGUACAUCUCUUUUUAAUAUUAACAUAAAUGUAUCUAAGAAUGAAAUAUAUAAAAAAAAUUUAGAAUUAUA